AUGGCGACUCAUCGUCGCGACGACUCGCCCUCGGGUCUCUCAGACAUCGUCGAGGGCGAAGGUCUGCUGGGUACUGGUAUAACGACUCGACAUAUCGAAGCCUUUGGGCGAAAGGUCACCUCUACUGCGGGACAUUUGAUCGGACCGGGCGACCAGGCUCAUGGCUCUCAUUAUCAAAAUGCCAUGUCUGACAUUCACCGCGAGCUACGUCGGCCUGCGGCGCAGCGAAAAGUAUUUUCGCUGACGCAAACGACUCCAACCGAUUUGAUGCGAUCGAAACUGUCCACGUCGGAAAUCCAAUCGCGGGCGCUCUCCUCUCUACCAGAUGAUCUGUUGGCGAAUAUUCCCGAGGACACGAGCUCUUAUUCCUUAUUCCAGGGAUUUAAGGCAAGCGUUCCAGAAGAAGAACCGACCACUAAAAAACACAGGAGGCGAAGUUCCAAGGCGCAAAAGGUGCUCAAGGACAAUGAGAAGGCCGGGAUGUUAAAGGCAGGACCCACGGCGUUGAGAGAGGAACGAAAAGCGCUGGCCCGCCGAUUGGACCUCAUGGGGAUACGAAAAAAUAUGUGCAGCGCUGAGAUUCACGAGAUCGACAACAAGAUCGCCAACCUGCACAAGAUGCGGCAGAUUGUGCUGGACCGUCUAGCUGGGCUAGAGAUGGAUGAAGCUGCAAUGGAGGUGGAGAUCACGGAGCUCGAUAACAAGCUGGAGGACUUCCCAGAAGAGGAAACAUCAGAGCCACCGUCAACAGUCGAAACGCCAAGGUCCGCUGAUGCUACGAGUGACACCGCUACCCCCACAAUCGAUCCCGCCAUGGAUGCUUCCUUCAUGUCGGAGUCCAUUUAUGAGAAGCUGCCAACAUCGUCUCCUCGGAGCCUGCGACAUCGAUCGAUCCGAAAGCGAUCUAUGCCGAUCCUCCACGAACACUUUGCUCCUGGCUCCUUGAUCAAGGAGAUCGAGGCUCACACCGACAUGGUCACAGCGAUUGACUUCGAUUACCCCUUCGGGACCAUGGUCAGCGCAGCCCUGGAUGACACUGUUCGAGUUUGGGAUAUGAAUGUCGGCCGCUGUUCUGGACUUCUAGAGGGACAUCAUGCUUCAGUCCGAACCUUACAGGUGGAAGACAACAUUGUGGCGACGGGCUCUAUGGACGCCUCCGUGAGAUUGUGGGACCUCAGUCGCGCCAGACCUGUCAGUCGGGACAACCGAUUGAAUAGACAUGAGCGCGAAGGCCUGGAUGGAGAGGAAGGGAUGCAUCAGCCUGUCGGGCCAUCUUCGAACCUUGAAGACUGCCAUGUCUUCUCACUUGAGGCGCACGUCGAUGAGGUCACUGCCUUGCACUUCAAGGGUGACACGCUGAUUUCCGGCUCUGCAGACAAGACUUUGCGCCAAUGGGAUCUGGUCAAAGGUCGCUGCGUUCAAACUCUAGAUAUUCUGUGGGCUGCAACUCAAUCAUCCGCCUCAAGUGCUGGCGAUAAUCACUGGCGCCCCUCUGGCCGCCUUCCGGACGCAUCGGCCGACUUUGUUGGAGCGGUGCAAUGCUUCGAUGCGGCGUUAGCCUGCGGAACGGCAGACGGCAUGGUCCGCCUCUGGGAUCUCCGCAGUGGUCAGGUUCAUCGGAGUCUAGUUGGUCAUACAGGUCCCGUGACCUGUCUCCAGUUCGACGAUGUUCACCUGGUGACGGGUAGCUUGGAUCGAAGUAUUCGGAUCUGGGACCUUCGGACUGGGUCUAUCUACGAUGCCUACGCCUAUGACAAGCCUGUCACUAGCAUGAUGUUUGAUUCUAAACGCAUCGUGGCUGCUGCAGGGGAUAACGUGGUCAAGGUCUAUGACAAAGCGGAUGGCCACCACUGGGACUGUGGCGCUGGCGUUGGUCUCGACGAGGAAGGCUCCUCCCCUGCUAUUGUCGAGCGAGUACGCCUCAAGGACGGAUAUCUGGUGGAAGGCCGCAAGGAUGGUACUAUGGGUGCUUGGACAUGCUAA